CAACUUAUCCAACUUGCCCAACUCACCCAACUUGAUAUCAUUCAUACCAUGUCUUAUCAACAUCCAUUUAUUGUUGGGGUGGAACUCACCAUGAAAGGUGCAGCGAGAAUCACCAUGCAGCUCACAAAGAAGAGAAUCCUUCAACAGGACAGACCCAAGACAGAGACAAAGAGGCCUUCAGGUGUAUAAAACAGCUCUCUCCGUCAUCAUGUCUUACUUGCUGUUCGGCACCAGAUACAUAUGAUCAUAUAUCAUCCAUGUUGUCAGGUAUAAAUCUCCUUUGUUUGCCAAACAUUCUCCAUCACUCACCUCUAACGUACCCUGAAAUUUUCUGACUUCCAACUCCAACAAUCACAUGGAACCAUCCAAGCACACGACCAACGAGCCGAGGAUUCCUUCAGUCGAGCCAAACAACACAGAGGCAUCAUCAUCCAGCGCUGCAUCCCAGACAUCUGCUCCACCAACAGCACACUCAGUGUCCGAGGCAACGUCAAGCUCAGACACGUCUCCGGUGGAAAGUAGACCUCCAUCCAAACCAGAGUGUGCAACAGCAGACCCAGCACCACCCUGCCCCCAAUUCAACCCGGAAGACUGGAGCGCCCCAAUCGCCCACACCUACACCGGCACCACGGUCCUCAGCUUCCCCGACGACAUGCACACCGUCACCAUCCAGGGCGCGCGAUUCCUCACCCACAUCUACACCUGCCCCGUCGGCGACCUCGACUGGGACAAAGCCAUCGCCAACAUGCUGCAAUGGUGUAGUUUCGAGCAACACCGCCGUGCCCCCUCCUCGCAAGGCCACCCCCCACCAAUACACGGCCUCCUCAAAUGCCCCCCCAUCAUCCAGAUCUUCACCUCCCUCCACCCCUCCACCUUCCCCACAAUCCCGCCAAAGCUCACAAGCACAGGCCAAUUCGUCCGCUACCAACCGGCCCGGAAAUCCCAGUUCCACAUCCCGCACGACCUCCGCGAACUCCCGGGGCUUUAUCACGGGAUCAUCCAGCACGAGGAGCCCGAUGAUGACUCGGUAGAGGAUGUGCCGAACCUCUCGUGGCUGUUUGUCGAGCAGUACGCGCCCAAGAAGUGGCGGUGGUAUUUGAAUCGGCGGGCUGUGUGGGAGGCGACCAGACCGCGGCUGUCGGAGGAGCAGAUGGAGAUUUGGUGAGGUGAGGGUCGCUUUGUGGACUUUCUGGUAGGUGGUAGGUAGGUGGUGUUUGUUGUUUCGAGGCUAGUUUGAGCAUAGCUUGAUAACUGUUGUUAAGAUCUAAUGUUAAUAUCGAAUGUAAUCUCCGUCUGGC